AUGGCAACACCGCCACAUUUGAGACUGCUGCUGCAGUUCGAUCAGGUUUUGACCAGGAGACUACUAGAUUAUCAUGCUACGUGGCUGAGUGAUGAGGUCAUGUUACUUUCUCGCGCACGAGCAGUAUGGAUAUAUGCACUACUGGCUCGUUUGGAUAAACACGUUCAUGCUGGUGUUGCUGCGACAAUACGACAGAUUUUGCGACGUUGCUGGACGUUGCGAUGUAAUCUGGAAGCGCCAUCGGACAUUCAGCUCAAGUCACUGAACAUUCUAAUUGUCAUCACUGGAUGUUUCUUUGGUCAAUUGCACGAUUUGGAAUAA